GUCAGAAGGAGACGAUGAACCCUCCUCCCACAAGCAAUAUGCUUUUUCAAAAAAUUAGAAAUACUACAUCAGAGGAACACAGAAGUAAUACGUUUGCUCCAUCCUUAAAAUGUAUCUAUGGACAGUGUCUGUUCUGCUGGCAGCGUCCUUGUUAGGUGUCUGUAACUGUCAGAAUAAUACUGCUUGCAGUUAUCAUGACCUUCUGCAAAAUUUGAGUCUGAGUGACAUUAGCUCACGUCCAGUGAAGGAUUGGACAAAGCCAUCUACUGUAUUUAUAAACAUGCUCCUGUACACUAUUAUAAACUUGGAUUCAAGUGAGCAGAUUCUGACUGCAUUUAUCUGGUUCAACAUGUUCUGGGAAGAUGAGUUUCUGUCUUGGAACCCAGAUGAUUUUUGUGGUAUUACGAAGAUGAGCAUUCAUUCUAAAAAUUUUUGGAAACCAGACCUCUACAUAGAUGAAAUGAUAGAAGAUAAUAGCAAGUCACCAGCGAUUCCUUAUUAUGUGGUCCACCAUACUGGGAAAAUCAUCAACUCGAUGCCGAUACGCAUUAUUAGUUCGUGUAGUCUGGAUAUCUUCAAGUUUCCAUUUGACAUACAAACAUGCUACUUGAGCUUUGGUUCUUAUGUUUAUACAGUGAAUGAUCUUAUCAUGACUCCAAUAUUUAAUUCAUCCCAUGUCACAGAUAUUUCAAAGGCAAUCUUUGUCAGCAAAGGAGACUGGAUCUUACAUAAUAUCACUGUUAUGAACCAAACUUAUGAGUUUGAAGGGGACUGGUACAAUAAAGUCAUUUACAUGAUAGCCAUAAAGAGAGCCCCUGUUGUUUACCUACUUAACAUCAUCAUACCAGCCUGUUUCAUGGUUAUGCUGGAUAUCUUCAGUAUGUUCAUUCAGAUGGAAACUGGGGAAAGACUUGGCUUCAAGAUCACCGUUGUGUUGGGGUUCUCUGUGCUCUUGAUCAUUCUGAAUAAUCUGCUCCCUAAUUCCGACAGUCCACCUGUUUUAGGCAUAUUCUGUUGUGUUUGUCUGGCUGUCAUGAUAUUCAGUACAAUUGGCUGCAUUGUCAUCUCCUACAUGCUCACGCAGUCUGCCACCGAGCCAAACGUCCCCGCAUGGAUACGAAUCUGGGUCCUAAGGCACAUGGCACGUGUUUUAUGUUUUAAGAAAAAUGUAAUGAAGGAAUAUAUGAUCACAGUUAUGGUUGAGGAGGGCAGCAAGGCAGUUUUGGAAAAUGAUAGCAAAACAGAGAUGGUCAUAGACAUUCAGGAAAAGAAGAGCAGCAGAAAGCAGAUUAAAGGAAGUUUGGAGGCUAAAAUGUUAAAGAAACUGUUAUCAGAAGUCCAAACAAUACACCAAAAUUUAACAAGUAUAAAAAAUGAGAGUGAAGCCAAGUCUGAAUGGUAUCUAGCUGCUCUGGUGGUGGAUCGACUUGUCCUUAUUGUGUAUCUGUUCACUGUGGUAAUAAUAUUUAGCAUUGUGAUCAUAGUAUGGGCGUCUUGACCAGAAGUGUAAGAAACGCUAAAAUCUAGCAGAAUAAAUUUAUUAAUGCA